GAGCGCAAAAGUAGCAGCUCUCAGACCCCGAUGCACACACCAUCUUCGGCUCCGGCGGCUUACCGAAUUUAACUUCAUUGCGCGAGGGAGGGAAACAUUGAGUUACUUAACGUCUCCCGGUGAAUCUUCCAGCCAUGGACGCAUUUCGAGUCAUAACGAUAUAUCUGGGCCUCCUCCUUGUUUUCCUUGGGAAUAUACCGUGUUUCCAGUCUGCUGCUAUCAUAGCUCCCUCUGCGCCGAGGAGGAACAGGGAUGUCAGGAUCCCUCAUCAGGAUGGACAAACCUCCUCCAAAUUCCUAAAAGACAUCUUCGCGUCCUCUCAUCCUGUCAUGGGACACCACAAAGAAGAUCUAAAGGACGCUAUUGUUCCGCAUGAAUACAUGCUUUCAAUAUACAGGACAUACUCUGCUGCAGAGAAGCUCGGACUAAACGCGAGCUUUUUCCGCUCUUCUAAAUCUGCCAACACCAUAACAAGUUUUGUGGACAGAGGAACAGACGAUCUUUUGCACUCUCCUCUGCGACGACAAAAGUAUCUGUUUGAUGUCUCAACCCUUUCAGAAAAAGAGGAGCUGGUCGGGGCGGAAUUAAGGAUAUUUAGGAGAGCGCCCGCAGAUUUGCAGACUUCCCUGCAGACCACGGGCCUCUACGACAUCCAGCUCUACCCCUGCCGCUCAGACAAACUGCUGGACUCCAGGUCUCUGGACCCGCUGGAUUCCACGAAAGCUGGCUGGGAAGUGUUGGACGUGUGGGAAAUGUUUAAAGCGCGCCAGCAUCAUUAUCAUCACCCCCAUCGCUCUCAUCACCAUCAACAGGAGAACCAGCUCUGCUUCCAGCUAAAGGUCACCCUCGGCAAAUCAGACACCGAGGUCGACCUGAGAAAGCUGGGACUAGACAGGAGCGACCGGUCCCAACAGGAGAAGGCCAUCCUGGUGGCCUACACCCGCUCUAAGAAGAGAGAGAACCUGUUCAACGAGAUGAAGGAGCAGAUCAAGUCGCGGAGGACGGUCGGUGAGAAGGAGGCGGCGGCGGCGGCGGUGGUGAAGGUGGCAGGACAGGAGGGGGUGUCUCCGCUGAUUAGGGCCAAAGGAGAAGGGCCCAGGCGGCGGAGGAGGACGGCGCUGGGUAACCGGCACGGGAAGAGGCAUGGAAAGAAAUCCAAAUCCAGGUGCAGCAAAAAGGCGCUGCAUGUGAAUUUCAAAGAGCUGGGCUGGGACGACUGGAUCAUCGCGCCUCUGGAUUACGAGGCUUACCACUGCGAGGGGGUGUGCGACUUCCCCCUGAGGUCGCACCUCGAGCCGACCAACCACGCUAUCAUACAGACACUCAUGAACUCCAUGGACCCCAACAGCACCCCGCCCAGCUGCUGCGUCCCCACCAAACUCAGCCCCAUCAGCAUACUGUACAUUGACUCGGGCAAUAACGUGGUGUACAAACAAUAUGAGGAUAUGGUGGUGGAGCAGUGUGGGUGCAGGUAGCGGCCAUUAGUCUGAAAAACAAUAACAAAAACAACAACAACAAACAAACAGAAGAUUGUUCAAGAUACUCUUAAUGGGUUCUAGGCUGAAGAUAUAAAGUCCUCAUGGGUCUGAAAUGUUUUGACCAUGAUGCGCCUUGUCUUCAUUCAAAAGGGAUGCACACACAAGGCCAUAUCUUCUAUUUAUUCAGGCUUAGUCGCAUUAAAGUUCACUCUCUGCCUUAAAGUGUUAAGCACAAUAUUUCCCAAACAUGCAGCAAGUUAUCGUGAAAUAGGCUUUUGUUUCCCAGAAAGUGAGAGUGUCCAUAUGGCACAAGAAAUGGGUGCAUGCUGUAUGUGUUCUGACUGGGACAGGAAGCUAUUGAGUCCUACUGCGCACCUGUUCGUGCCGAGGACAGUAGGCUUUGCCUGCAACCAGCGCUUUGUUGCAGCACUGCCGUGUGAUCCUGGCAGCCAGGCCAGACUCUUUUGGGUAUGUGCAUCCAGGCCUUAAAUGCAACUGUCCAGCUGGAGUCAUUACAGGCCCGAGCAAGUGCCCGUUUUACAAAAAAGAAAAAAAAAUGAAGGGGGUGAAUGUCUAAUUUACCAAACAUAAACACAAACUGGUCUAAGGAGAGGAAAUAAGACGGUGGUGGUGGUGGCAAUGCCUUCAAGAGAUUUUUUUUUCUUUGCCUUACUGGAGACCAGCUGAAAGGCGCUGGGAGAGGGCACAUUUGCGGACAGAAAGGACACAAACUCAGACUUGUGGCCACGCGGGAAAGAAAGAAAGAAAGAAAGAAAGAAAGAACUGAGGCGAGAUUUUAAGCUCAAAAGUCUGCAUCUUUACAAACUGCACUUCCACAACUGACUGCGCCAAGGACACGUGGUCAGCGAGUUUGUCUUCUCUGAUGACGAAAAUCUAAAAAAGAAAGGACUCGAAAACGAGACGUUAUUUAAAUGCACAUUAGCUUUGAAUGCACUGCUGUUCGUUUUUUUGUUUGUUUGUUUGAGCUGUAAAUAUUUGUACAGUCCAAAAAAAAAAAAAAAACUUUACAAAGUGCAACGAAUGAAGAAAUGAGAAAACGGCAUUUCUUUGUAAAUAUACUAAAUGCACUCAAAUCGGUAUAAUUUCUAUUCUAUAAUUAUUUUAUUAUUUGUGAUGUACAGAGUUUCAUGAUAAUCAUAUAUUUCUUACAUUGACAAGAGUAAUUUAAGGUGUAUUCGAUAUUUUGCAGAGGGUGGAAAAUACCAUUAUUAAUGUCUACCUCAUUAUUGCAUAUAGGAUUUGAGUUUUGAGGUGCAUUCAGUUAGAGUGUAAAGAGCUUUUACGAUGAUAUAUAAGAUCAUUUAUAUACUUAUAUUACUGGAUAAUA